AUGGCAACAAACGACAUUGUAUCCCCAAACCCAAAUCGCAUGUCCACUAUCUCCACCACAUCCGUAGCAACCGAUGCCUCAGCCACUGCAGAACUGUCUCUCGUCGUAGAUGAACUUCUAAAUUCUCUAUCGAAUAAAUUUGCUGGUGUUUCGAGCGAGAUUUUCGCAAAGAUGGACGAGAUGUCGCGACGUCUAGAUAAUCUAGAAGCUACACUGCAAACUAACAUGGCACCGAAGGAUGGAAGAGGCAGUCCUACGAAGAUGUAA